AUGCUCGACAACGAAGUGGCAUCUAUCUAUCUAUCUAUCUAUCUAUCUAUCUAUCUAUCUAUCUAUCUAUCUAUCUAUCUAUGUUCAUAUCUAUCCUUAUAUCUAUCACUGUUAACAUCUAUCUAUCUAUCUAUCUAUCUAUCUAUCUAUCUAUCUAUCUAUCUAUCUAUCUCAUUAUAUUCAUUAUCUAUCUAUCUAUCUAUCUAUCUAUCUAUCUAUCUAUCUAUCUAUCUAUCUGUUAUGGUCCGGUUCCUCGUACCACGGUCCCAUAACACUAUCUAUAUAUCUAUGUUCAUUAUCUUUCUCAUUAUGUUCAUUAUCUAUCUAUCUAUCUAUCUAUCUAUCUAUCUAUCUAUGUUUAUAUCUAUCCUUAUAUCUAUCACUGUUAAUAUCUAUCUAUCUAUCUAUCUAUCUAUCUAUCUAUCUAUCUAUCUAUCUAUCUAUCUAUCUAUCUAUCUAUCUAUCUCACUUUGUCCAUUAUCUAUCUCAUUAUGUUCAUUAUUUAUCUCUGUUCAUAUCUAUCUAUCUAUCUAUCUAUCUAUCUAUCUAUCUAUGUACCGGCAUUUUCAACAGCGUGCUCGAACAAAAUGUGCUUUUCCGUGUAUAGUCGCCCAGGGCGUCUACUUCGAAGCAUAUUUCCCAUCACGCCAAAAAGUACCCGCUGGAACAGUCGUCUCUCGUACAGGGCAGUCGUCUCUCGUACAGGGCAGUCGUCUUGCGUACAGGGCAGUCGUCUCUCGUCGGCUCCCUCGUCCCCGAUGCUAUUUACGUCUAUGGCGGCGCAGCGACUUCUCCCGAUGUACCAAGUUAAGUGUUUAUAACGCCAAUGUCCCCUCUGUACGGCGCUUAGGCAUUGUCUCUCAGCAAUACCCUAGCCUUCCGCAACAAUGGCUCCGAAUCCCGCGCUCUCAGGAUCAUCGAGACGGGAGUGCACUUAGUAUAUCUAUAUCUAUCUAUCUAUCUAUCUAUCUAUCUAUCUAUUUAUCUAUCUAUAUAUAUAUAUGCAAGCUUCUAUUGAGAUGUCUCGCUCUUUUUGUCCAAUCAAUCUUUGCAAUUAUACGGCCUUUUCUAUCUAUCUAUCUAUCUAUCUAUCUAUCUAUCUAUCUAUCUAUCUAUCUAUCCCCCUCAGUCUGUUCACUAUCUAUCUAUCUAUCUAUCUAUCUAUCUAUCUAUCUAUCUAUCUAUCUAUCUAUCUAUCUAUCUAUCUAUCUUCACUAUCUAUCUAUCUAUCUUUCUAUCUAUCUAUCUAUCUAUCUAUCUAUCUAUCUAUCUAUCUAUCCCUUCGUACUAAUUUGA